AUGACGACUGUGGACACGUUUGGAUCCAUACUCGGGAAGUGUUCAAACAUCACGUCUUUGUGUUUGGGUUUGGCUUUGAUUGACGAGAAGAUAAUCGGUCUGAUUGUCACCCAAUGUCGACAACUGAAGCGUUUGCAUCUGUGGAUCACUCCGAAGAUCACAUCCAAGUGUUUGGCUGCGAAGCACUUCAUUAGAGGCACAUAUUCAGCACAAAUGGAAGUCAAGAGGAAUAUUGUGACCAAUUGUCGACAAUUGUUACCACAAUUAUCAUCGCUUGAAUCCAUUGAAUUAAAUCGUUGCACGGAUUCGCUGGACUCAGUGUUGGAGUGUUUGCCACAAAGUAUUCGUCGCCUAAGUCUUAACGAUUGCUUUGACAAUAAGGUGAACGUAUCGGUCGAUAUCCUGAAGAAUAGAUGUCCACAACUGGAAGCGCUGAGCGUUUGCGACUCGAGAGGAAUCAAUGAGAGAAACGAUAACAAAUUGGAUUAUUUGUUUGAAGACAUUUGCACUGAUUUUGCGCUCAAACGUCUUCACUGGGAAUGCGUGCGAACCGAUGUCUUCGUGGAAAACAUCCCAAAACUCAGUCAAUUGAGACAUUUGUCAAUCAGUACUUCGUUUAACAUCUGUUUGGACACAAAUGCCAUGCAAUCGAUGCCAUCGCUCAAGAGUUUGGAGUUAAAACACGUGAGAUUUGUGCCAACAAUGAUGACUAAAUUGGACCAAAUAUUACCAUCGGUUAGACGUUUAGUAUUGACUGAUAUCAUAAUUGAAUGCGAGUGCAGUGAUGGCGACGGCGAAGAAGUUUUUGAGGACAACGAUUGUCCGCAAUGUGUUCACAAGUGUCUGCACUUAUUGUCACAAUUGCCACAAUUGAAGCGAAUGGUUUUCAAAGACGGCAAAAGUUUGUCUACCAUUGAAUCCAAUGAUCUGCAACUCUUCAGUGGACUCAAUGCGAUCCCUAUUGGAAGCGAUGUAACCGCCGAGGAAUUAGCACUUUUUGUCACCCAUUGCUUGGAUAAUAUGUCCGCCAAGAAGUUUGUAAGACUCGGAUUGGAUUCUCUGGACAAAAACAUCGGUAAUCUGUGGGACAGUAAGAAAGUAGUGAGCGAUCGGACAAAUCAUAUCAAAUACGGCGGCACUCCGUUGAAGGCCGGGAUGAGAGCCUAUUGGAAAGUGAAUGUAUGGGAUCAGAAUGACCGCGUGCUCGACAAACAUCCGGGUCAUAUUGGUUUCUGGGAUAAGGGUUUAGAUCUAAAUGACUGGACGGCUCAAUGGAUCGGCGCUCCCAAAGGCACACAACAACAAGCACUCAAAAAUCUGGCUGAUAUUGACGAUAAAUUAAUUAAAUCAAAACCCGCUUUAGUGCCCGUCCUAUACCUUAGAAAAAUAAAAUCGGCUAAACUGUAUGCCACGGCUCAAGGCGUGUAUCAACUGUCUAUCAAUGGCCGUGUGAUUAACAAAUCAAUUCUCGACCCAGGAUUUACCGACUAUAACAAGACUAUCCAAUACCAGGCCUAUGACGUGAGUGACCAGUUGGCGAGCGAAAACACCAUAAGCGUACUGUUGGGCACGGGUUGGUACAGCAGUUACGUGUCGUAUGAACACAAGUACCACCACUUCGGGUCGGAUCAGCAUAUGUUGGUUGAGUUGCAUAUUGAAUAUGAAGAUAAGACUACUGUUGUUGUCAAGUCUGAUAAUACAUGGAAAGUAAGCACCGGUUCCUACAUAUACUCAGACCUAUUGAUGGGUGAAUUGUAUUACGAGAGUCGAGAGCCUAAGAACUGGAGAGAGUCUGUUUAUGAUGACAGCCACUGGCCAUCAGUGGUCACUAAACCCAUAGAUAAGACGGUGGCUCUUGUGGCCGAUAGAGCUGAACCGGUUCGGGCGAUACAAGUGCUCGAACCUAAGACUAAACACGAGAGUCAACCCGGCGUUUGGGUAUUUGAUUUUGGCCAGAAUAUGGUCGGUUGGGUUCAAAUCCAAAUGCCUAAAGCAUAUGACGCGAGUCGUGUGCAGUUAAGACACGCCGAGGCGCUCAACCCUAACGGAACUAUUUAUGUACUAAACCUGCGCUCGGCUUUGGCCACCGAUACGUACGUGUUGGACAAGGCCAACCGUACGACAGAGCUAUCACUUGAGCCGCAUUUUACAACCCAUGGUUUCCGAUACGUUGAGGUCACGGGAUAUCCGGGAGAACCGCCGCAAUCGGCCAUUAAGGGUAUUGUUAUCCAUUCAGACACAGCAUUCAAAUCACACUUUGAAACCUCAAACAAAAUGGUCAAUCAGUUGUACUCAAACAUCAAUUGGGGUCAAAGGGGAAACUUCAUGUCCGUCCCGACAGACUGUCCGCAACGGGACGAGAGGCUGGGCUGGACGGGAGACGCAGAGGUGUUCGCCCAUACGGCCACUUAUAACGCCGAUGUGUCCGCCUUUUACACCAAAUGGAUGCGUGACUUACGGGACUCGCAGUCUACUGAAGGUGGAUAUCCUAAUGUGGCGCCCAAAGUGUGGGGCCGGACUACAAUGGGCAACGGGUCGCCCGCCUGGGCUGACAUUGCGGUGAUAUUGCCGUACACUCUGUGGCGACAGUACGGAGACAUUCAGGCCGUCGAAGACAGUUAUGAGUCAAUGAAACGCUAUAUGUCUUAUAUCGGGGCCGAAAACCCGGACUUUCUCUGGAGGAAGAGAGUCGGCACUAAUUAUGGCGAUUGGCUUCAAGUGAACGCCAAUACACCGAAGGAUAUGCUGUCCACCGCUUACUACGGAUACGACGCCCUAUUGCUGUCCAAAAUGGCCAAAGCCUUGGGUCGGACUCAAGACGUGAAACGUUAUGGAGAUCUCCACCAAAAUAUUGCAAACGCUUUUGUAAAGGCUUUUGUCAAUACAACUGACGGUCGUAUGAAAGGCGACACUCAAACUGAUUAUGUGAUCGCAAUUGCAUUUGAAAUGUUGCCCAAAAAUCUGCAGCAAUUGGCGGCAAAUCAUUUGGUGGACAAUAUUAAAGCACAUGACUAUCAUCUGACCACCGGUUUUAUUGGUGUGGGCCAUUUAUGUCCAACACUCACUCAAUUCGGUCACUCGGAUGUGGCGUAUCGUCUACUACUGCAGGACACGUACCCCUCGUGGGGCUAUAGUAUUAAAUAUAACGCCACCACUAUAUGGGAGCGAUGGGACGGUUGGACCAAAGAGAAGGGUUUCCAGAAUCCGCAAAUGAAUUCAUUCAAUCAUUACUCUCUGGGAUCAGUCGGUCGAUGGCUCUACCAAUCAGUGGCCGGUAUUGACACCGACAACGAAGAGGUGGGAUUCAAACGGAUUAGAAUCGCACCAAAACCGGCCGCCGGUCUCACGUCAGUCAAAGCCCACUACCCGUCCAUUAAUGGUCUUAUAGGCAGUGCGUGGGAAACAAAUGGCGUUAAUAUCACUUUAACCGUCGAUAUACCAGUCAAUACAAAAGCUCUGAUUGAUUUAGCUUUUAUGAAAAGCCCUGCCGUCCAUAAUGUGGGCUCCGGUAGUUUUGGUCACAUAGGGUUGGGAGCGGAUCCAACAUUUAUUUUUGCACCAUUUCUCAUACAAUGUUUGAUGUUUCCAACAACUUGGGCCGACUCUGAUAUACAAGCCGUAGACUUGAAAGUUGAAUAUCUGGUCAAUCCAUUGGCUGUAGACAUACCUCAACCUCGACUUCAAUGGUCACUACAGGCGCUGAAUGAAACAAAGAAGGAUUUGUCGCAAAAGGCUUAUCAAAUACUUGUGUCCACUGAUCGGCAAAGUCUGGACAAAAACAUCGGUAAUCUGUGGGACAGUAAGAAAGUAGUGAGCGAUCGGACAAAUCAUAUUAAAUACGGCGGCACUCCGUUGAAGGCCGGUAUGAGAGCCUAUUGGAAAGUGAAUGUAUGGGAUCAGAAAGACCGGGUGCUGGACAAACAUCCGGGUCAUAUCGGUUUCUGGGAUAAAGGCUUGGAUGCGAGUGAUUGGACGGCUCAAUGGAUUGGUGCUCCCAAAGGCACACAACAACAGGCACUCAAAAAUCUCGCAGAUAUUGACGCAAAUUUGGCCCAUCAUUUGCCCGGUUUAGUGCCGGUGCUAUACCUCCGCAAAAGUUUCGCAACAAAUUCAAAAGUAAAAUCGGCUAAACUGUACGCCACAGCGCAGGGCGUGUAUAAGUUGGCCAUUAAUGGCCGCGAUAUUAAUAAAUCAGUUCUGGACCCGGGAUGGACUGACUAUAACAAAACUAUUCAAUACCAGGCCUAUGAAGUGACCGAACAGUUGACUGCUACAAACACUAUUAGCAUAUUGUUGGGCACCGGUUGGUAUGGAGGCUAUGUUGGGAUGAACUAUCAGUAUAACAUAUUUGGUUGGGAUCAGCAUAUGUUGAUUGAGUUGCGAAUUGAAUACGAAGACAAGACUACAGCUGUUGUCAAGUCGGACAACACGUGGAAAGUAAACACCGGUUCCUACAUAUACUCAGACCUAUUGAUGGGUGAAUUGUAUUACGAGAGUCGAGAGCCGCAAAACUGGAGGGACUCAGCGUUUGACGACAGCCACUGGCCAUCAGUGGUUACUAAACCCAUAGACAAAAACGUGGCUCUCGUGGCCGAUAGGGCUGAACCGGUUCGGGCGGUACAAGUGCUCGAGCCCAAGACCAAACACGAGAGUCAACCCGGCGUUUGGGUAUUUGAUUUUGGCCAGAAUAUGGUCGGUUGGGUUCAAAUCCAAAUGCCUAAAGCCUAUGACGCGAGUCGUGUGCAGUUAAGACACGCCGAGGCCCUCAACCCUAACGGAACCAUUUAUGUACUGAACCUGCGCUCGGCUUUGGCCACCGAUACCUAUGUCUUGAAUAAGGCCAGCCGUACAACGGAACUAUUAUUUGAACCUCACUUUACAACCCAUGGCUUCAGAUAUGUUGAGAUCAGUGGAUAUCCGGGAGAACCGCCGCUAACAGCCAUUAAGGGUAUUGUCAUGCACUCAGACACGGCUUUUAAAUCACAUUUUGAGACCUCAAACAAAAUGGUCAAUCAGUUGUACUCAAACAUCAAUUGGGGUCAAAGGGGAAACUUUUUAUCGGUCCCGACAGACUGUCCGCAACGGGACGAGAGACUUGGCUGGUCGGGAGACGCAGAGAUCUUCGCCCAUACGGCCACUUAUAACGCCGAUGUGUCCGCCUUUUACACCAAAUGGAUGCGUGACUUACGGGACGGACAGUCAAAAGACGGCGGCUUUCCAGAGGUGGCGCCCCGUGUGGUCGAUGUAUCUGAUGGGUCCCCCGCUUGGGGUGAUGUCGGUGUUAUAGUGCCGUAUACUGUGUGGCGACAAUACGGAGACCUACAGAUUAUUGAAGACAAUUAUGAUUCAAUGAAACGAUGGAUAAAUUACAUCGAGAGUCAGAAUCCAAACUUCUUGUGGUUAAAGAGAGUGAGCAAUAAUUACGGCGAUUGGCUUCAAGUGAAUGCCGACACACCGAAGGAUGUGUUGUCCACCGCUUACUACGGAUACGACGCCCUAUUGCUGUCCAAAAUGGCCAAAGCCUUGGGUCGGACUGAAGACGUAAAACGUUAUGGAGAUCUCCACCAGAAUAUUGCAAACGCUUUUGUAAAGGCUUUUGUCAAUACAACUGACGGU